AUGUCUGACGGUACGCUGUAUUCUGGACCAAAGCCAUCUACAAUGCUGACCGCCUUUGAUGUAGCCGACUUCGACACGAUCAGGCGCUUGCAAGCUGAGCGAAACGCUCAAGCUGGUGGGAAGAAAGGUUCACGAACUUUCGACCUGACCAGCCAGCGAACUGACACAUCCACAAAGGCCUCCCUGACUGAAAGCUUUGAUACUACGUUAUACGAGCCAAAUGGAUCGGACAAAUUUGCAGGGUACAGUACCACGAUCGCAGCUGAUGGCGAUGAUGAAGACAUGGCCGAUACCGAUGAUAGUCGGCGGCUGGUUGGCCAGUACACUGCAUCCAAAGAACAAAUGAAUGAGUUCUCCUCUGGAAACGGAGUGGAGGAGGAAGACAUCCUUCUAGGCCGUGAGAAGUCUCUCAGGAUCUCUGACCGCGAGACUGAUUACCAGAAGCGACGGUUUGAUCGUGGUCCUCUUACUCCAACGCGAGCGGAUCCAUUCGCCGCAAACAAACACGCGGGUGUGGAAGAGGAUGGCCAAACAUACCGUGAUGUGAUGCAGCUUCAGGAAUUGGAGAGGGAGGAGGCACGUGUACAGAAGCUGCUGGCAGAAAAGCAGGCCAAUGGGGAGAAUGGCGUUGCGGAGCACAAGCCGACACUUAAAGACGAGGCCGAUAAGGAAAAUACAGAGGCUGGCUCCACUGUUGAGGUUGUUUCGACACGCAAGAGAAAGAAGAGGUGGGACGUCUCCAGCGAGCCAACAGCAGGUUCUGAGGCGCCCGCAGCAGACUCCAAAACAAAAAGGUCUCGCUGGGACCAGACUCCGGCACCACCAGGCGCAGAAGUAAUCCCUUCCAAGAGGUCCAGAUGGGAUCAAGCCCCUGUAAUGGGAGGUGCUACCCCUGUUGGAAAUCAAGGGCUGGCCACACCCAUGCACCCAUCUCAGACCCCUGCUGUCCUCGCCGGCUUCGGUACAGAUAUCGGAGGCCGAAGUGGCCCACUUACGGACGAAGAAAUCGAUAUGAUGCUCCCGAGCGAGGGCUAUGAAGUCUUGGAACCACCACCGGGUUACGAGCCAGCAAGGAUAGUCAGAAAAGCAAUGGCUACACCGACUCCUGCUGCGAGUGCGAAUGGGUUUGGCGGUUUCAUGAUGCAGGAGCCCGAGAACCCGCGAGCAAUGGGCAAGCAGUUGCCGACCGAGAUUCCUGGUGUGGGUGAUCUGCAGUUCUUCAAAGCCGAAGACAUGGCAUAUUUUGGGAAGCUGGUGGACGGAUCAGACGAGAACACCAUGUCAGUAGAGGACCUGAAGGAGAGGAAGAUCAUGCGUCUGUUACUGAAGGUCAAGAACGGAACGCCACCAAUGCGGAAGACUGCUCUACGGCAACUGACAGAUAACGCCAGACAGUUUGGAGCUGGACCACUCUUUAAUCAAAUCCUACCGCUUCUCAUGGAGAAGACUCUGGAAGAUCAGGAACGCCACUUGCUGGUCAAAGUCAUUGAUAGGGUGCUGUACAAGCUUGACGAUCUCGUCCGGCCAUACGUGCACAAAAUUCUGGUCGUGAUCGAGCCUUUGCUCAUUGAUCAGGAUUAUUAUGCUCGAGUGGAGGGACGCGAAAUCAUUUCGAAUCUCAGUAAGGCUGCCGGUCUUGCCCAUAUGAUUAGCACCAUGCGGCCCGAUAUCGAUCACGUCGACGAAUAUGUGCGAAACACGACCGCACGAGCCUUUGCAGUCGUGGCCUCCGCUUUGGGAAUUCCUGCCCUGCUGCCCUUCCUAAGAGCUGUCUGCCGAAGCAAAAAGUCAUGGCAAGCACGCCACACGGGUGUUAAGAUUGUUCAACAAAUCCCUAUCCUUAUGGGAUGUGCUGUUUUACCGCAUCUCAAAGGCCUUGUUGAUUGCAUCGGGGACAAUUUGAGCGAUGAACAGGCCAAGGUCAGGACGGUCACGUCGCUCGCUAUUGCAGCUCUCGCCGAGGCAGCGAACCCUUAUGGCAUCGAAAGCUUCGACGACAUCUUGAAUCCCCUGUGGACGGGGGCUCGCAAGCAAAGAGGCAAGGGUCUCGCAGGGUUCCUGAAGGCGGUAGGCUAUAUUAUCCCCCUGAUGGAUGAGGAGUACGCGAACUAUUACACCAGUCAGAUCAUGGAGAUCCUACUUCGCGAAUUUGCUUCACCCGAUGAAGAAAUGAAAAAGGUGGUGCUCAAGGUCGUCUCACAAUGUGCAGGCACAGAUGGCGUGACUGCGGGAUAUUUGAAGGAGCAUGUUCUCCAAGAUUUCUUCAAGAGCUUCUGGGUGCGAAGGAUGGCACUUGACAAGCGAAACUAUCGGCAAGUGGUCGAAACCACUGUUGAUCUGGGGCAGAAAGUUGGCGUCAGUGAGAUUGUCGAACGCAUCGUAGUCAACCUGAAAGACGAGAGCGAGGCAUACAGGAAAAUGACCGUCGAGACGGUUGAGAAAGUGAUCGCCUCGCUCGGCGCAGCAGACAUCGGCGAAAGACUUGAAGAGCGCCUGAUCGAUGGUGUGCUUCACGCCUUCCAGGAACAAAGCAUCGAGGACGUAAUCAUGCUUAACGGCUUCGGCACGGUGGUGAAUGCAUUAGGGACCCGAUGCAAGCCAUAUCUUCCUCAGAUUGUCAGCACCAUCCUAUGGCGCCUGAACAACAAAUCAGCCACUGUUCGACAGCAGGCAGCAGACCUGAUCUCCCGAAUUGCUAUGGUGAUGAAGCAAUGUGGAGAAGAUGCUCUGAUGGGCAAGUUGGGUAUUGUACUCUACGAAUACCUCGGGGAAGAGUAUCCCGAAGUACUUGGAUCCAUUCUCGGGGCUUUGAGGUCGAUUGUGACGGUGGUGGGUAUCAACCAGAUGCAGCCACCUAUCAAAGAUCUGCUUCCACGUCUCACUCCCAUUCUUCGCAAUCGACACGAGAAGGUGCAGGAGAACACCAUCGACCUGGUUGGACGUAUUGCCGAUCGUGGUCCUGAAUCGGUCAAUGCGCGAGAGUGGAUGCGAAUCUGCUUUGAACUUCUUGACAUGCUGAAAGCACACAAGAAGGGCAUUCGACGUGCUGCAAACAACACCUUCGGCUUCAUCGCCAAAGCCAUUGGUCCGCAGGAUGUGCUGGCCACGCUGCUUAACAAUCUACGCGUACAGGAACGGCAAUCUCGUGUCUGCACCGCGGUAGCUAUUGGCAUUGUCGCCGAAACUUGUGCUCCGUUUACUGUUCUGCCUGCGCUUAUGAAUGAGUAUCGUGUACCCGAGCUCAACGUGCAGAACGGUGUCCUGAAAUCACUUUCCUUCCUUUUCGAAUACAUUGGCGAGAUGGCGAAAGACUAUGUGUAUGCUGUGACGCCUCUCCUGGAAGAUGCUCUCAUCGACCGAGAUCAGGUUCACCGGCAGACGGCGGCAUCGGUCGUCAAGCAUGUGGCGCUGGGCGUGGUUGGCCUGGGCUGCGAAGAUGCUAUGCUACAUCUCCUCAACUUGUUAUAUCCCAACCUCUUUGAGACCAGUCCCCAUGUGAUCGACCGGAUUGUGGAAGCAAUCGAUGCCAUCAGGAUGGCGGUGGGCACGGGGAUCGUGAUGAACUACGUCUGGGCUGGACUCUUCCAUCCGGCGAGGAAAGUGAGGACGCCAUACUGGAGGCUCUACAACGAUGCAUAUGUGCAGGGUGCGGAUGCGAUGGUGCCGUAUUAUCCUAAUUUGGCGGAUGAGGGUCUGGCGAGACAUGAGCUUGCGAUUGUGCUUUGA